AUGCAGCUUUAAGAUGUACUAAUCCACUCAAGCGUACUACUCGCCACUAGUAGCACUGCUUACUAUUACUAUUAUAAGUUAUAGUCAUUAGCAUUUUUGCUUUAUCUAGUAGUUUCAUCUACAACUUAUUUAGCAGUAUUUUACAUGAUUCCUAAAAUAAAAAAAUUUACUCUUAAUGCUGGUUUGUAUGGAAAAGAUAUUAAUAAAAAAGGUACACCAGAAGGUGAGUUGCAAAUACCUGAAACGCUAGGAAUAGUACCUGCUACUAUAUUUAUCAUUUUUAAUAUGGUAGGUGUUUUAUAUUCAUAUAAAUAGCACUCUACAAGUCAUAUUGCAUUUGAGCAUUGUGCAGGAAUGCUAUCUAUUUGUUUUAUUAUUUUCCUAGGAUUUUGCGAUGAUGUUUUUGAUUUACCCUGGCGCUAUAAAAUUCUUCUGCCUAAUUUAGCAAGUCUACCAAUCCUUGUAGCAUAUGAAGGAGUCACUCAUGUUGUUUUACCUAUAUUUUUGCGUCCAUAUUUAGGAAAUUAUGUCAAUUUAGGUAUUUUAUAUUACCUUUAUAUGAUGGCUGUUGUUACUUUUUGCACUAAUUCUAUUAAUAUUUAUGCUGGCAUUAAUGGGUUAGAAGUUACCUAAAGUAUAAUUAUAGCCUGUAGUAUUUUACUUUACAACCUAACUGAACUGUGGCUUGGUGAAUAAUAGACAUUCUCACACACUAUUAGCAUUUAAAUAAUUUUACCUUUCAUCUUUUGUACUCUUGGUUUAUACUACUAUAAUAAAUACCCUUCUUAAGUAUUUGUUGGUGACACAUUCUGCUACUGGAGUGGAAUGGUCUUUGCCACAGUUGGAAUUCUGGGUCACUUUUCUAAGACACUUUUAUUAUUUUUCAUACCUUAAAUUUUAAAUUUCGUUUAUUCCUUUCCUUAGUUGAUGAAAAUAAUACCUUGUCCUCGUCAUAGACUUCCUUAUUACAAUGUAGAAACUAAAAAAUUGGAAAAAGUAAAAACCAAUUUAAAUCUAAUUAAUCUUUAUUUAUGGAUUCGUGGCCCUCUCUCUGAAAAAGAUCUUUGCAAAGAAUUAGUUAUUUUAUAAAUUUCUUGCUCUAUUUUAGGUUUCUUUAUUAGAUACUAUGGAGCUCAUUUGAUGUUCUGA